AUGCUUCGAUCGAUUCUUGGCCUUCUUGCGGUUGGAGCUGUCUUCGUCGAUUCCAAGAAAUGUGUCGACGGAAAGGAUAACGUUAUCAAAAUCUACGACACAACGAAAGGAAAGGGUAAAAUUCUGGUGAAAGAUCUGGAAAUCGGAACUUACGAUAAAUACAAGAAGCCUAUUUGCUCUAAUGGAAAGCCGCAAUUCACAUUUCCUGGACACUUCAAGCCCGUGAAGGAAGGCAAGAACAAACUUAUGCUUGAGAUUUCGCUGGAGAAGAACUCGUUUAUGAUCGGCGUUGUGUGCGACAAAGGUGUUAGCAAGAAUCAGUUCGUCCCUAGUGAGAUCAACAUGAAUUUAUGCGAAAUAUCAUCAUUAUGCGGAAUGCUCGGUGUAAAAACGCCGUCUCCACUUGCGAUUGCUCCCUUCUUAGGGAAGGAGUUCGUUGACUUCGGGCCACUGCCAAUCCCACAACUCGGAGGUGAAUGGAAGAUGUCUGUAAAUCUCGUGCAAGGAGGAAAGAAGGUGGCAGGUCUUCGAGUAGGAACAACCGAUGAGUGGCUGGCAAUUGAGUCUCUGGAAGAUGACGGUACUGUAGAAAUGCCAGAGGAGGGCGCAGAAGAGCAUGAAGAAAGCGAAACUGUGGAUCAUGAGGAGCUUUAA